CUGGGCCGCCACCCCGCCCCUCCCAGACCGAGAGAGAGCGAGCGAGAGAGACCCCCGGCCCGGCCAGCCUGCCGGUUGCCACUGCGCCGCGCGCCCGCCGGGGGUCCCUCCCGAGGCUUGCGAGGAGAGGUGGCGCCGGCGCCCGCCGGCCGUCUUCUCGGCGGCUGCCCCAGCACACCAGGGCGCCGGCGUGAGGCGAGUGGGACGGCCCUUUCGGCGAGAGCCGCCGCUGCAGCUGCCGCCGCCGGGUGACUUCAUGGGGACGGCGGCGGACGAGGCGGCACCAGCAGCCCCAGCCGAGCAGGAGGAGGAGGAGGAGGAGGAGAAGAUUUCUCAGGGGAUGCAACUUAUUCACACAUGCCACUGCGUUAAAAAUGAACUGUCUUCUUCACCGAAAACCAGUGGCAUGAGGACUAUCUGACACUUGCCACACAAACUGCUACUUAAAGUCUCCUCAAAAUGGACGUCUUGUAGCCUACCGUCCAAUCCUGCUGGUGCUGCACAGAUAGCAGCACUUCUACAUGAUCACAUGACUCUUGAUAUGGACGCGGUCCUGUCAGACUUUGUUCGGUCCACUGGGGCAGAACCUGGUCUGGCAAGAGACUUGCUAGAAGGCAAAAACUGGGAUUUGACUGCUGCUCUGAGUGACUAUGAGCAGCUCAGACAGGUUCAUACAGCCAAUCUGCCCCAAGUGUUCAAUGAAGGAAAGUACCCUAAGCAGCAGCAGCAGCAGCAGCAGCAGGAAAGAGAGCCUCCCCAGCAAGUGAAUAAGAGUGAACGGCCAUCUCUUCAAAGACAGGAUGACAUUGCUCAAGAAAAGAGACUCUCUCGAGGGAUUUCUCAUGCCAGCUCAGCAAUAGUUUCCCUUGCUCGAUCCCAUGUGGCCAGUGAAUGCAACAAUGAACAUUUUCCUCUGGAGAUGCCCAUCUACACAUUCCAGCUUCCCGAUCUUAGCGUUUACAGUGAAGACUUCAGGAGCUUCAUUGAGCGGGACCUGAUUGAGCAGGCAACCAUGGUUGCUCUGGAACAAGCAGGUCGUCUUAAUUGGUGGUCCACUGUGUGUACAAGCUGUAAACGGCUUCUUCCAUUAGCAACAACAGGUGAUGGAAACUGCCUGUUACAUGCUGCUUCUUUAGGAAUGUGGGGGUUCCAUGACAGGGACCUUGUUUUACGGAAAGCAUUGUACACCAUGAUGCGAAGUGGUGCUGAAAGAGAAGCCCUGAAGAGGAGGUGGAGGUGGCAGCAGACACAGCAGAAUAAGGAGUCGGGGUUAGUUUAUACAGAAGAAGAGUGGGAACGGGAGUGGAAUGAACUGCUUAAGCUGGCUUCGAGUGAACCGCGCACUCACUCCAGCAAAAAUGGAGGCACUGGUGGUGGAGUUGACAACUCCGAAGAUCCAGUGUAUGAGAGCCUAGAGGAAUUCCAUGUUUUUGUUCUAGCACAUAUAUUAAGACGACCCAUUGUUGUUGUCGCAGAUACGAUGUUACGAGACUCGGGAGGAGAAGCAUUUGCACCAAUUCCAUUUGGUGGAAUUUACUUGCCUUUGGAAGUCCUGCCCAACCGAUGUCAUUGCUCGCCUCUAGUCCUCGCCUAUGAUCAAGCGCAUUUCUCAGCUCUUGUGUCUAUGGAACAGAAAGAUCAGCAGAGGGAGCAAGCGGUGAUCCCUCUGACUGACUCUGAACACAAGUUACUGCCUUUGCACUUUGCGGUUGAUCCUGGGAAAGGCUGGGAGUGGGGGAAGGAUGACAAUGAUAACUCGAAGCUGGCCAAUUUGAUUCUCUCUCUGGAGGCAAAGCUUAACCUUCUGCACAGUUACAUGAAUGUAACCUGGAUACGCAUACCAUCGGAAACACGGGCUCCUUUGGCUCAGCCAGAAUCACCUACUGCUUCAGCAGGAGAGGAUGUUCAGUCUUUGGCUGACUCCAUGGACUCUGACAGGGAUUCCAUCUGUAGUAAUUCUAAUGGCAAUCACGGCAAAAAUGGCAAAGAGAAAGAAAAACAAAGGAAGGAUAAAGAUAAAAACCGGGCGGAUUCCGUUGCCAACAAACUUGGGAGUCUCAGUAAAACUCUAGGCAUCAAGUUAAAGAAGAAUAUGGGAGGACUGGGAGGGCUAGUGCAUGGCAAAAUGAGCAGAGCAAAUUCAGGAAAUGGGAAAAACGGGGAGAUCAUUGAAAAAGUGAAAGAGAAAAAGUCGAAGUCGCGGAAAGGAAGCAAAGAGGAAUCUGGCCAGUCUGCAAGCACUUCCCCUUCUGAAAAGACAACUCCCUCUCCUACCGAAAAGUCAAACCCCUUGCCCAUUGAAAAAAUGAACUCUAAAUCCCCUUCAGAUAAGCAGUCCGACCCAUGGAAGUACAGUACUGACGUGAAGCUGAGCCUGAACAUUUUGAGAGCAGCUAUGCAAGGGGAGCGCAAGUUCAUUUUUGCUGGCCUUCUCCUGACCAGCCAUAGACAUCAGUUCCACGAGGAGAUGAUUGGCUAUUAUUUGACCAGUGCCCAAGAGCGCUUCAGUGCAGAACAGGAGCAGAAGAGAAAAGAGGUAGAGAAGAAGACUACUCUCAAUGGGACGUCCUGCAAGAAACUGGAGCAAGAGGCAUACUCAAAAGAGAAGCUGGAAUCAUCUCCUCAGGGAAGGGCAUCACCAGUCAUGCCUCAAAGCCAUACAACUCAGCUGGUUUUAAAGUUUAAAGACCGCACUAGUCCCACACCGGGCUCAUUUUCUUCACCUAGCAACGGUGCAAAGAAAAGUGGACCCAUUCCAGUCUCUGCUCACUAUAGCCAUACGCCCCCUGUUCAAAGGCAAAGUGUCAUCCAUUUGCACGAUGUCAACUCUAAGCCAUCCAGCUUUCAAGAUGAUACUUACAAGCCAGUGGUCGGCACCUUAAAAACAUGUGCCACGUAUCCGCAACAGAACCGGUCGUUGUCUUCACAGACUUAUAGCCCAGCCCGGACAGCAGGCAUCCGUACUGUCAAUACAGUGGAGUCCCUAUCCUAUGCCAUGCCUACGGACCACAAGUCACAGACAUAUACCAACGGUUUUAAUACUAGUGACAUUAGAGACUGCUUAGAAUAUGCUGAUGAGGAGGCACCUCAGACCUGGUUGAACAAUGACAAAAAUCGAGGCAGAAGCACAGUUUGCCCGAUAUAUUCUAUCCAGCAGAACCGCUGCAAGAAGGAGAAUUGCUCCUUUUAUGGCCGCCCGGAGACUGAAAACUAUUGCUCCUACUGCUAUAAGGAGGAGCUAAAACGCAGGGAGCGAGAAAGCAAGGGUCAUCGGCAUUGAAGAUGGUGGAGCUCUUCCCAUCAAUAUUUAUUUCCUUCAUUUUCUUACUUAACAGGUUCUUGGCAAUGGAUUAGAGGAGGGAGGCAAAAGGACUUCUGUAAGGGGAUCUAUGGGGAGAAAGGUCUAGCUUGGUGUUUUGGGGGUGUUGUUUUUUUCUGGCAAUGGGAAAAGAAAGGGAGUAAUUUACCAUAAAGAGUUUAUUAUUUUCCAUGUUGUCAAUGUCUUUUCUAUGUACAGUGGUAAGCUGAAAGGUUGUUUACUUCUUUGUCAGUGCUGCGUAUAUGUGUGGUCAAAAUUUUACUAAUGGUGCCUGAAUUUACACUGACAUCACUCAGGUAGUAGAAAGAUAGGGAAAAAGUCAUAAUAACUGGAGAUGUGGUGUUGUAAUAAGAUUGUGUCUGUCUCAUACUAUAGAGCCAUCUCACUUUUUUAAAAAAUGUAAUUUUUCAUCUCCUCCUCCUCUUAGAAAAAAAGGGAGGGAGGAAAUAGUAACUUUGCAUACAAUGCAUUUUAACAUGUUAUCAUCCUUACCUUGCUAUAAACACUUUGUAUUGUUUUAGUAUUACUGUUUCUCCACAGAUACACAAAUGAGGAUCUGGAUUCAUGAGCAAGCUAUUCUAAUGAAACACAUUCUUGGGUGUAGGGACACAAGCAAGUUCUAGUUUUCUAGUCCAUAGAAUUUCCAAGGAAGAAAGAAUCAAAAUGGCCUAUUGCUAAAAGGGAGAAGAUAUUUAUCUUAGUUGUAAAGCAGAGUUCUGGCCAUCAUGGUUGAAAAUAAGCACUUUACAAUGUAAAGUGAGGUGGCCCACCCUCCUUGAAUGAUAGAACUGUGACUAUGGUUGUAUAGCCCUGUCCCCACCCACAUUCAUAUUCCAAAUUACACAGUCCCUCUGCCUUCUCAAUCAUAUCCUUGCCUUGGUGAUUUGGGCCACUUUAGGAAGACUGCUUGUGGAAGGCCCAGUCCUUUAGCUUUUGGUUCAUAGCCAAAUUCUAGCAUGCAAGGCUUCCUAUGGUUUAUGCAGUCCCAUGUAGAGUUGUCACACUUGACAGAGAGGGAGAAAACUUGCUACUGUUCUGUUGCAUGUGUUAAAUUAUUUGUGCACACUUAGAAACUACUGAUUGGUUGAUUAAAAAAUUAGCAAGCUAUCCUGAAAUCUGGCCCUUUCAAAUUCAGUAGCGCAAACAUAGAGGAUGAAUCCUGAGUUUCCAUUAUAGCAGUAAUGCCAAGACUCCAACAAAGCCAAGAUCCUUAUUGUUGGAACUUGGAAACCAGUUUAAUUGUGUUGAAACAGAUCUAAUGUUGUGGAACCAUAACUUUCAUAUCCAGGCUUCAGUUGGCAUUAACAGAAACAACCAUCUUGCCUUUCCUCCCCUCCCUAGUAUUUCUGGGACACUCCUUGCUGUCAUUGUAGUUACCAAAUAGCCUGCCCCGCUUACUGCUCCAAUUCCGUGAAUUAGUAUGAAAUUAUAUAGGAGGAAGCAGUGCCUGAGGCAUCCUGGGCCAAAACCAGGGCCGAGAGCGUAGCUUGGAAACUAAAUAAAUAAAUAACUUGCAGCUUGUUCUAGAUAAAAAUCAGGUUAUAAGUUUUGCUUUCUAAGCCAUUUACGGCAAUUUCACAUGCAGCACAUAGCACUCAAGUCUUGAAAUUAGUAAAGUGGUUCUCUGUCUUCAGAAAGGGUGAAACUGAAAGUACACACUUGUGUCUAGAUGUCUAAUAGCAACACCAGAUCCAGGAGCCCUCUCAAGCUGUGAAUCUUCUGAAGCAGGAGUGUAACCCCUUUAAGCAGAAGUAUACAUCCCAUGUUGAGAGGUCCUCAAGAUAGCCCCUGCUGUCAGCAUUGCUGUCUUUGGUCUGGUUUGAAUCUGUCAUGAAUUUCGAGCAGUUCUUAAUGGAAGACCAACCAACACCUGAUGAAGACGUAAAGAAGAAAAAUAAUUGCUCUCUAACCCUUCAAAGUGGCUGCCUCCUUGCCUCACCACAGCCCUCUUAUUAGGAAAGCUCUUCACUAGGAGUGACUCCAACACCCCUACCCUUCCUGUAUUUCUAGGUAACUUAAGAAAAGAUUAGCUUCUGACCACUCCUCACUUCACGUCUGGUACAUGGCUCUGCAUUGUGAAGCACAAAUUGCUCGUGCCUCUGGUCAGUUGAGCUUUUGUGCAGACGUUCAGAUUGCCUCUUGCAGAAGUACAGGGUAGGUGACAAGCAGUUGGAUAUCCAGGUCGGAGUUCCAGAGGAAGUGAGGAGCAGGUGUUGGCAUCUCUAAAUAAACUUUCCAAAAGAGUAUAUAUAGAUAGGCAAGGCAGGAAUCGAGCAAAACAUUACUUGACAGCUGUUCAUGAAUCCAGCUUGUUGUUUGUGUAUGUUUGGGGCAUUUAUAGAAUGUGUGGUCUUUCUGAAUUAGCCUCCAUAUUCCCCCAGAGGAACCUGUGUUACCACACCAAAGGGCACACUGGCAUAAGUCUUUACAAGGGUGUGCACAAAGGCACUCCUCGUCAGCCAGCACCCUUGCCAUUAUGGGAAGUUCACACGGGAAAGAGGAGGAGCUGAGAAUCAGUUUUGUCGUCUCCUUGGCAGCUUUGCUGUUUGCAGAGAAAAGGGGCACCUUCCUCCCUUCCUUGAGGGGCUCUUCCCUUGCCCAUUCUGUGCUUCCAGUUUAGAAGCAAGGCGCAAAGCUCCUGUGGUAGGCAGCUGCGGUGUGGACCAGGACUUCCUUAACCUUUGGUGUGGCUUGUUCCUGAGAUGUUCUGAUUGUAAACAAUACUGCGGAUUGACCCCUUUGGUUUGCUGUGGUAAUUGCUCGUGUGUUUCUUUUGGCCAAAGAAAUGUGUGGUAUCCGAUGGAGUUUACCUGUGAUUGUAUUUGUUACAGAGAGAGAAAAAUCAGGGAUGGCGAUAAAAGUUUGUAGGAAAGCAAAGAUUAGUAAUUGCUAAUGCAUUAGUGUAGGAAUUGUCUCUGAUAUUCCUAUGAAUGCUUCUGUAGGGUGAAGUUAGGCUUGGUAACAUUGCCAGUAACCAUUUCUGUUUUCCCCUUUUGAUUCAGAAACAUUCUAUCUGGUUGAAAAGCUUUUUUUAAAAGCGGGGGGUGGGGGGACACCUUUGUGCUAUUUUUUUUUACGUAUUGCAAUGUAGUAUUAAAAAACUUAUUUUAUAAAGCAGCCCCCAUCAAGAGAGUCACUUUUCGCAAACAGAACAAUUGCAUAGACUGACACUUAAUCAUUUUGAAAUGAUGAACAGAACCAAAGGGGCUUGUCCAGAUCAGAGAGUACCCCGUGCUGUGAUUAGCUGCCUGAGUCAGUACUGCACCUGUGUGGUGCAAUAACAACUGCUUCCCUUCAUGGCACCAAUAUUCUAAUCUGAUCCUUGUUUGAUGUCUCAAUAAUGGAAAUACUUGAAGGGGCAUCAUUCCUGUGUGGUGGAAUCUGCCUCCCCCCAACCCUGUAAAAACAAAAGCCCUUGGAUGUGGAACAGGGGCAACUUAAUUUGGUAGCAGGGCACCUCGGGAGGAUUGUAGUUUUGAGUGCCAUCCAUCACUGAACCUCCGUCUAUAGAAGUGAGGGCAAAAAGAGAGCCAUGGUGACCACACCUGAAUCUAGACCUCGAGUGAAAAUCCUUAACCACUUUAGGAUUCUGGAAGUCAGUUGCUGAAGCAAGGCUUGAGCUGAAGGCAGGGUCUGACCUGCAGAAAGCACUACUCUGAUGACCAGGCAAGGGCAGAAGGCUUUGGGCUCUUAAUAAUGUAUACCAGGUCUGGCCAAUCUAGAUAAUUCAAGCUGCCAGUCAGUUGCAGAAACUGAGGAUACCCCUGUUUCUUCUGAAGGGUCCUGAGCGCAUGCACAUGAUCUAUGGUAGCUCACUAGUAUGGGUCACAUCUUUAAACGGGAGUUCCUGAUUCAAGCUCCUACAGUCCCUCGCAACACACCCAUCUCAGGAUGAGCCUUACCCAUUCAAAUUGCUUUCAUCAGUGUCCACUGUUCAUUAUGUCUUACCACCACAAAAUGGAAGCCAAACCAGGCAGUCAUCAACUUGCAAUAAUUUAUGGUGUUCCUAUGGUUCAUCUAUUCAGAUUAUCAAGUGUCUAUGCUGAACACAAACAAGGCAAAUGACAGUUAUGAGUGCUUUGGUCGCCAGUGUGCAUUUGGGUCUCUUCUGGUUUUUUCUGAAAGGUAGAUGGUCACUUUUGGGCUGAAUGGAGCAGCAAUAAAAACUACCCAGUUGCCCUUUUCGCCGGAAUUUAAAUCUUCCUGGGAUUUUGCCACUCCUGAAAGAUUUUUUUUACGUUCCAGUUCUGAAAGCCAAAACAUGUUUUGCCUGAACUCUCUCUCUCCCCCCCCCCCACUCCAUAUAAGUAAUUGCUAUCUUAUGCAGAUCAGCAUUUUUAUUGCUUGUGCCAGCAAUUUGUGGGUUGGUCACUUGGUGGGUGUCAAGUGGAUAUUGUAGACAAUUCAAGUAUAUUAAGGGCUAAGAGUUUGUGGCAGGUUACUUCUGAGUCAAGAAAGAAGGACUGGGCCAAGACAAAAUCUCAUUGUGGAUAAUGGGAAUUUGGGGGUUGUGUUGAGUCCCUCUUUCGCAAAAUAUCGGCACAGUUCACUGGAAGGUUCUCCUACACAAGCUCCAUUGAAAUGAUUGGGGACUUGUGCGUACUAUACUAUAUAUACCUGCUCUUAUAUAGCUCCCUUUCAUUUCAGUUGGGCUUGUCAAAGAGAGCUUCUGGUAGGGAGUUGUGCCCUUGUUUAGUGUAUUGAAAGUACAAAAUAUGGAACAGUGGUUGAAUGUAAUAAGUGUUGCUAACUGUUCUGGGGUAAUGUGAUGUUUUACAAAAUUAAAAAAAAUGCUUUAUGGUGUGUGUGUGUGUGUGUGUGUGUGUGUGUGUACACACACACACACACACACACACUGCUAAUAGGCAUGUUGAAAUUUGCUUAAAUUGUCAAACUGCUAAUCCCAAACCUGUUAAAAGAAAAUAUGCAAAAUGUUUUAUCUUUCUUCUGUGGAACCAAGGGUCUAAGGGUUAUUAAGGAAAUGGUACCUAGGCAUUCUCACACGUUGUAAUAACAAUGCAUUUAAAAGAAGUAUAAAAAGGGCUAAUGAAUGAAUAAAACAUGAGACACUUGUGUUUACAGAUAAGUUGUGUUGUGUGUUAUAGGGUUUUUUUAGCAAGUCUGCAGGAGGUUCUGCAGGUGGCUGUGAGCUACUGCAGGAAAACGCUUGGCCUUUGCAACAGGCUCUCUCUCUCUCUCUCUCUCUCUCUCAUUGCCCUGCUGCAAGUCCAAGGCAUUGUUCUCCUGAAAUCCAAAGAGCAUACAAACCUCUUUCUCUAAUUCAACAUGCAUUAAUCCUGACGGCAAAACAACCUGUCCGGCUGAAACCAGGGCUGGCCUGAUGUGGUAUGAGCACAGUAAUGCGUCUUUUAUGUCCUGCAUAGUGUGUGCAAUCCCUCCAGCCCUCACUUCUCAUUUCCUGCUCUGCACAAAUCUUCAUUUGGAAAUAGGCACAUGUUACCCAUCCCAUGUUAGAAGGUGCCUGGAAAACAAAGGUCUUUCCUGCAUAAAAGAGAGAGGUGGAAAUAUUGGUCAGAAGCUGUGCGGGGAACCUGCCAUGUUCGGUCACUCCCUCCCCCCUCGCCUUUGACCUGCUUCUGUUCUUAACUUAAUUGGCUCGACAACUGACAUCAAUCUCUCCUGAAAUGUGCUAAAUAUUAGUUGAAAUUUUUACCCCAAGAGAGUGAAGGGCAUCAUAACAUGCAUAGAAGAGGCUUAGUCUUUUCUCAGAGGAUUUAUUAGCCAGGGUGUGUGCUGUGAUUCUGUGGAAGUACAGAAUGUGGUAAUAAGCAGAAUUCAACUUCCUGAGAAUCCCAGCUUUCAUUUGUCCUGUGUCUUUGAAAAAGACAAGUGUCUGACAAGGAAACAAUGUUUUGCCCAUGGGAGACAUCUUGCUCUAAUAAAUGGCAGUAUACCCCUUUUGUCCCCAACCCUGCCCCCAUCCCCACCCACCAGUCAAAGAAAAUGUAAUUUCCAAAAAUUAUAGAAUGUGUGUUAGUAUGCAAAUUGUAUCAUGAUAGAAUUUUAUGUUGGAGAAUGCACCCUUGUCCUCAUACAAAAAUGUACAUAUUCUUGUAAAGGCAGAACCGGAAAGGGGAAAAGUAAUUGCUCUGGGGUGACCGCUGGGGAUAACGGAGAGCCUCAGGUUAGCCACCCCAAUAACAGCUGACCUUGAUUGCAAAUGACUUUUCUGCUCCGAUGAGGGUUCAGUUUUCUGCAAUGUUCAACUGUGCUAUCUUUAUUUGAAGGUAUGGCGAACUUGUUAGAGUUCUUGCCGAAUCGAGCAUGGCAUAGAGUUUCAAUGACUUCCAUAACUUGUUUGCACAUUUGCUUUUCUGUGUACAUGCAUUUUUAAAAGAAAAGAACACUAUGUCGUGUGUUUUAAAAAUCCCCGAAAGAAAGUUUGUGUGUUCCGUUUGUAGACGUUAAAGGUUGUAUUACGUUAAAAAAUUUUCAAGCCAAGUUUAAAUUAUAAUAUAGAAAUUAUUUUUCUAUUAUUUUCAAAAUAUGCUACAAAGCAAUAUUUUGCGCCUUUAUUAUAGAGAAGAGUUGUUGUCAUUUUAGUAGGUUGACAUGGGAAAUGGGAUAAUACUAACCUUGUAAAGAAAGCUUGGUAACUGGUACAUUCUGAAUACUUUUUGUUGUAUGCCAAUGUCUAUUGAAGGUAGGAAUACAUAAUAAUUUUUACAGAAAAGCUUUAUAUGGUGGUUUAUAUAUUUUGCUAAAAAUACAAUUCAUCCCCCCUUUUGAAUCCUCGAUUGAAUCCUCUUUUAUAGACAGACUGUAUCAUUAAGACUUCAGGAGGUUUUUAACAAGACUCAGCAAAAAAACAAAAAAACAAAACGGAAAAUGAGAAAUGCUUUGUCACCAUGAACAUGGUAUUUGGGUCAGUCUAACAUAGAAUAUUCCAGUGCCAAUUCCAUGACAUAGUCUGCUCCGGAAAGCUCAGGUCUAUAUGACUGACUGACAAUACUUUUAAAAAUGAUCGGAUAUUGCUAUCAUUGCCUAUAAUAUAAACAAUGGGUUGUAUUUAAAAAACGUGUUCCACAAAUAGAGGAGGUUCCAUUGAUGUAACGGGGAAGGGUGAUUUUAGCCCCUGAAGCUUUGAAAAUCGGCUCAUGAAGGCUAUUUUAACCUUCAAGAGCAAAUGUUCAGGGAGAUUCAGAGGGCAGGGAAACUUGGUGAAUUACAGCCCCUCUUGUGUGAAUGAAACUUCUGGUGUUCAUGGAAAUUCUUAGGAUAAACUCAUUUAUUCUGUCCCAUUAUCAUCUCUGCUCAAACAGGCUUUAUAGGUUCAAGAAGCAAUAAUAGCCUCUAAAACCUAGCUAGAGACAAUGGAAGGAUAGAAAUAAAAUUUGUGCAUACCACAGUCAAUGGGAAUUCUGUCAUACCACUUCCAAAUCUGUGGUCUACCCAACCUACCCUUAGUAGGGAUUCACAAGUUCCCUUUCUUUGUAUCAUCCUUGUGUUCCAUUCAGAACAGAUCUUGCAUGCAUUGUUCACCCGUCACCUUUCAUCUGGUAGGCUUGAAUGUUGACAUUUGCCACAUGCAUCAUGAAGAAGAGAUGAAAGAUGUGAUAGACCCAUCAAAAGAUAAACUAUACACAUAGAUCUCACUCCAGAAUCAUUGAAAAAACAAGAGAAGAGAGCUCGUCUUGUGGUAGCAAGCAUGACUUGUCCCCUUAAGCAAAGCAGGAUCUGCCCUGGCUGCAUACGAAAGGGAGACUAGAAGUGUGAGCGCUGUAAGAUAUUCCCCUCAGGGGCUGGAGUCGCUCUGGGGAGAGCAUCUAGGCUACAAGUUCCUUCCCUGGCAUCUCCAAGAUAGGGCUGAGAGGGCUUCCUGCCUGCAACCUUGGAGAAGCCGCUGCCAGUCUGGGAAGACGAUACUGAGCUAGAUGGACGUAUGGUCUGACUCGGUAUAUGGCAGCUUCCUAUGUUCUUAUGUUCCUAAGUCACAGUAAUUGGAAGAAAAACAUCCAUCUUGGUUGCUUUAUAAAGCGGUCUAGGAUUAUUUGUGGCACACAGAAAUAAGAGAUUCCUCCCGAGUUCUCAUUUAUAACAAAGCUCUCUUCAGGUAAAGGUAAAGUGUGCCGUCAAGUCGAUUUCGACUCCUGGUGCGGUACAAUGGAUUAAUUAUCUUGUGCACAAGCCCAGAUGUUGUCAUUAAAGAUUUUUUAUUGUAAGAAGCAAUGUCAGAUACCAAUUCAAAGCAGACGCCCACACAAACAAUUCAGCCACAAAUCUGAAUCUCAAGAUUUGAAUGCUGACAUUUCAAUUAGUCCAGCUUAUUAUUGAGACCAUUGGUCAGGAGAGAGCAAACAGAUAUCAGUCAAUACUUCAGGAUUCCCUAAGGCUGAUCUUAAGUUUCUUUCCAAAUCUGAAUGUAGUGAUCCAAUUUCUUUUUAUCACUACCCUUUGGCUGCUUUUAGGAUCCAAUGGAUGACAUUUUGUGUUUAUAAAAUAAUUUUGAUUUCAUUUGGCCACUCUUAUAAUCCAACCAAUUAAUCUGUUCAAAUGUGAGCUCCUUGCGACAGGAGUAUUAACAUUUAAAAAAUCCAGCAAGCUGCUCUGAGUCCAUGGGAUAAAGGAGGAUAUGAAAUGCAUGAAUGUUAUUUCAUAGAAUCAUAGGCUUUUAAUGUUUGAAGGGACCUUGGAGAUCUUCUAAUUCAAGCCCUGCUCAGUACAGGAUAUUUCUCCAGCAUGCCUGAUAGGUAAUCAUCUGUUUGAAAACCUCUAGCAAAGGAGAUCUUCGCCAUGACCCAAAGCAGGUUGUUCCACUAUCAAACAGCUCUUAUUAAGGAGUUUCUUAAUGCCUAGCCUGAAUCUGCUUCCUUCUAAUUUCAAUGCAUUGGUACGAGUUAUGCCUUGAAGAGCAACAGAGAACAAGUGUCUCCCUCCUUCUGUGUGACAGCUUUUCAGAUAUUUAAAGGUGGCCUAUGUCACCCUUUAGAUUUUUCUCCAGCCUACCAUUUCUUCAUAGGACUUUGCUUCCAGACUCUAAUUCCAAGUGGCAGCCUUGAUAUUUGGCUUGGGUGUAUAAUGUGCUUGAUGAAUUAUUUCUCAUAGUCUGUAGCUUGAAAAUGUGUAGUAGGGCAGGUGAACUCCAAAGGGCUGAUGUGCAUUUACCUCUGAAUCAGUCCUCAAGUGCAUAGCAGCAGGUUUCCACGCCCCCAUUAAAAUGAUGCUUGUUUGGUGAUUGUGUCACUUUCCUAUACAUUUCAGUAGUCUUCUCAUUGUCUGGUUAAUUAUAUAUUGCUCUUCAGUCCCUGUAAUUGUGUGUUGUUUCAGUUGAAUUUGUUUUGAAAGCUGCAAAUCUUUUAUGGCUGCCAGGGUGGCUGGAACCUUCGAUGAAAGGGAAGGAGGCUGGAAAGGUGAUAAUUAGGUCGAUGAUUUAGAAUUUGUGGCAACAAGGAGUUUAGUGGAGGCAGCGUUGUCGAUACCAAAAGCCACUGUCUCCUCAGGCAAGGUGACCCCUACACUAGACCAGACUCAUAACAUGUCAUUUUAGUUAGUCCUCUGUUUAGUUGACUACUUCAUUUGGUUAUCUUACUUCAUUGCUAAGAUUAAUUUAAGAGUGUGUGUUUUGGGGUGGAGGUGGUUACGGUUUUAUUAACAUCUUUUAGGAGCAAAAUAAACAUCUUCAUGUGGAGUAUUAAGGGUGCCUGUGUUCAUUUUUUCAUGAUCAUAAAAAGAGAUGAGUAGCCAAAUGUCUUAAUCCCAUUCACUUUAAUGAAAUUGCUUCUCUGGAAAUCAUUGAGGGUGUCUGCACUUGUCCAGUUCUCAAAGUAUAUCUUUGUGUCAGACUUUGUUUCUGUUGACAGUUGUAUUUUUUAUUUUUUUUACAAGAUUUAACUCUUUGGAAGCCUAUGAUCUUGGUGGUGCUUAUCCCUCCCAUAAAGAUGUGUGAAUCUUAGAAGAUGUGGGUUAUAAUGGACCGGUAUAAUCCACAUUAUAAUAUAGAACAUGUUCAUACUCUAAGGUUCCCAAAAUCCAUUUACUGAUUUUUGUGAAGCAAUCAGCUCCAUAGCCUCCAGGUUAGUAAGCCUCUCCAUGGCAUCAGAGCAGCUAAACCAAAGGCAAAGAGAGGUGCUGUGACAUUCCUUGUCAGUACAAGAUCAUUGUGGUGUUAAAGCAGAUCAGCCAAAAGUAGGAAGAAUGAUUGAACUUCCACCUAAUUUGACAUCUGAAAUGUGCUUGUGCCUCCUCAGGCCACAUGUCUGAGGUAUGUCAGGGGAAGCCACAGGAGUUAUUUUAAUAAAACUAACAAAAUGUCCCAGGAUUGUGUCGCACAUUCUUAGCCAAAAGUUAUCAAAUGAGAAAGUGCAAGAGUAGAGAUCCAGGAGGAGAUUAGGAGAGUCAGGAGGUCAGAGGAGUUAGCAUGCCUUUCUCUACAUUGUGUAGAUGUCUGUUGCAUCCUCUUAUACCUAGGAAAACAAAUACUUAAUUCAACUUAUUUUGCUGCCUUGUUAAUAAAUGAGGUAUGCUGUCUGCAUAGGAACAUAGGAAGCUGCCAUAUACUGAGUCAGACCAUAGGUCCAUCUCGCUCAGUAUUGUCUACACAGACUGGCAGUGGCUUCACCAAGGUUGCAGGCAGGAGUCUCUCUCAGCCCUUUCUUGGAGAUGCUGCCAGGGAGGGAACUUGGAACCCAGAAGCUCUUCCCAGAGCGGCUCCAUCCCCUAAGGGGAAUAUCUUCCAGUGCUCACACUUCUAGUCUCCCUUUCGUAUGCAACCAGGGUGGAUCCUGCUUAGCUUAAGAGGACAAGUCAUGCUUGCUGCCACAAGACCAGCUCUCUUCCCAAAAUGGAAUUCUCACCCUUUAGCUUGGAUUUGGUUUUUCUUGCCACCUCCCUGCCCCCCCUCCCCUCCCGGCAAUGAUUCUUCAUGACAAAUUCCUAUUAAUGCUAGUGUGGAAAUUUCAGCACCAAAGCUGGCUUAUGAAAAUUAAUAAGUAGAGGACAGGUGAUAUUCUUCAUAACCUAAUGAACUCAGGAUGGUGUUAAAUUUACGUAGGUGUGUACAGAAUUUGUGCAGAAAUGUCUAGCAUGAAGAGAAAUUAUCUAUUAUCUGGAUUUUGCAAAUGCCAAAUAUAAGCUUGUUGUACAAAAAUAAUUGCAAGAUAUUCCUCUAGAACAAGAAUUGAUCUGGUAUGCAGAAUCUUGGUUGAUUAUUUGCACCCUAAGUGUAAGCGGAUUGCAUCUGGGCAAAAUGCAUAAGAUUUAUGGGAGCAAAACUUGUGCCUGAGGGUUUCUGCAUUUCAUUACGUCUGAGUGAAUGUCAUUUCAUUCAAAGCAGUUCGCUUGGUUCUCCUUGCACCCUGAUCCUAUUCCCUUGCACUCUGAUCCUAUGCUUGUGGUAGAAUGAAUGACCUAGCAAGGCUGGUAGACCUUGUCUCAUACAUUUGUCGUCUGCAACAGGUUCUAAAAUCAGACCUGUCAAAACUUAUCUUUUAUAAAUGGUUGUCCAUCUAUAGACAAAAGUUGGGAGCCCAAGAGCUGAUUAGACAAGACCAAGGGCUUGGGUAUGCUUAGUGGGAUUUUUUUCCUUUUGAAUGGCAGAUCCAUCAUUCUAUAUCAUAUACUGCUUUUAGAGGAUUUUAGAAUUCCUCUUAGAGGUUUACUGUGCAAGGGAGGAACUGAUUAUUGAGAAAAGCGAGUCUAAAGCAUAUUUGGGCAUAUGGACAAGUUCCCAUGCAGUUGGUUGGAUCCAGUCCAGUAUGUUAGUCGCUUAAGCUACCCCUUACAUAUUUAAAUUGUUACAAAGAAACAAGAACAUGGAAUAAUAUCAACAGGUAAUGAAUGUUUCUUUGCUUGUGGGAUAUGUGUCCUUUACAUUUUUUUCUGUGUAGAAUCUUCCUUCUGAUUAAUAGAAAAUUGUGUUAUUGUUUUUAAUACACUCCAUUCCUUGACCAAGAUGAUGUGUAAGAGCCAUUUUUAGCAGUUGGAUUGUUAUAUUAUAAAGUCUGAAAGCACUAAAUCAAUUUUUGCAAUAGUUAUUAAAUCUGGCUUUUGUUUCAGAAAACUUCCAGUUAUGACUGUCACUCUUUUUAUAGAACUGUAAUUAAUUUCUUUCUUUUAUGAAAGAAUGAUACAAGUUACUGAUAGUUCUGUAAUCUGUGAUUGGCUUCUCUUGUUUGAAACAGAGGGAAGCUCUGAAACCUAUCCAAUAAAAUUAACUUAUUUGUAAAAUAUC